AUGAGCAGCGAUCUGUUGAGUCUUCCUUACUGCUUGUCUACCACACAAAUUGUAUCUAGAUCACAUGUUCACCUUAGACACCAAAGAACUCAUGUCAAUACCAGAUUUCUUAAUGGACCUUCAAAGCAUUUCAUCUGUACUGUCAUGGGACAGCAGAAGGAUGGCCAAUAUACACAAGAUGAAAGUAGACGUUCAGGUAAUUACCAGCCCAAUCUUUGGACUGAUGAAUUUAUCCAGUCCCUCACAAAUCAUCCAGAGGUUGAAUCAAUGAGAGAGAGAGCAACAAAACUAGAGGAGAAGGUAAGGUUUAUGCUUCGUGGAAUAGAGAGGAAGCCUCAUAGCUUGUUUGAACUCAUUGAUGACAUCCAGCGUUUGGGGCUGUCCUACAAGUUCAAUGAGGAAAUAAGCAAAGCCCUUCACCAGUUUGUUUCAAUUCAAAACUUUAGAGACCAAAGAAAAAAAACCCUGCAUGAAACUGCUCUCUGUUUCCGAAUCCUUAGACAACAUGGUUUUCAUGUCUCCCAAGAUGUGUUCGAGGGUUUCAGAGAUGAAGAGGGAAAAUUUAAGGUUGAAAUUAAAAAUGAUGUGCAAGGAAUGUUAAGUCUGUAUGAGGCAUCGCACUUGAGCUUGGAAGGAGAAAGUCUUUGGGAGGCAAAGGCAUUUUCAAGAACACAUCUCAUGAACUUAAUGAAUGAAGGGACAGAGGCAGAAGUGGCAGAAAAAGUUAGGCAUGUUCUGGAGGGGCUUCCCCAUCACCAAAGCUUUCACAGACUAGACGCACGACGUUAUAUUAACUCAUACAAUAAAAAGGAACCACAUAAUCUCUUACUAUUAGAGCUUGCAAAGCUAGAUUUCAACAUGGUUCUGUCAUCACAUAAAAAAGAACUACAAGAAAUGUCAAGGUGGUGGACGGAGAUUGGUCUCGGAAGGAAGUUAAACUUUGCUCGAGAUAGAUUAGUGGAGUCUUUCUUUUGGUCUGUAGGAAUGGUUUCUGAACCUCAGUUUAUUAGUUUUCGCAAAGAUAUUACGAAGGUGGUGCAGUUAAUCACAAUCAUCGAUGAUGUUUAUGAUGUCUACGGUACUGUGGAGGAAUUGGAGCUUUUCACAGAUGCUGUUGAGAGAUGGGACGUGAAUGCUAUAAACAAUCUUCCCGAUUACUUGAUAAUGUGCUUUCUAGCCCUCUACAACACUGUUAAUGUGAUGGCUUAUGACAUCUUCAAAGCAAGGGGCAUAAAAUGUCUACCUUACUUAACAAAAGCUUGGUCUGAUUUGUGCAAGUCAUACCUCCAAGAAGCAAAAUGGCUUUACAACAAAGUAAUUCCACCAUUCGAUGAGUUCCUAGAAAAUGCAAGGAUCUCAUGCUCAGGAGGGGUUUUUCUUAUUCAUUCUUACUUCUUGGUUAGUCAAGACCAAGAUAUUACAGAGGAAACGCUUCAUUGUUCAUCAAACUAUUGUGAUCUCUUGCGCUCUUCAUGCACCAUUUAUAGGCUUAGCAAUGAUUUGGGAACAUCAUCGGAUGAAAUAGAGAGAGGUGAAACCCUAAAUUCAAUUGUAAGUUACAUGCAUGAAACUAGUCUUUCAGAAGAAAAUGUCCGAGAGUACAUCGAAACUGUGAUUGACAAAGAAUGGCGAAACCUGAAUAAAUAUUUGGUUAUGGACUCCAUGUUUUCCAAAUCUUUCGUACAAGUUACCAUUAACCUUGUCCGGAUUGUUCAAUGUAUAUACCAAUAUGGAGAUGGAUUUACACAGCAAGACAGCAGAUCAAAGAGCAGAAUCAAGUCUUUGUUAAUAGACCCCAUUUAA